CGAGCGAAAAGUGUAGUCUUGUCGGUAAAAUUCCUCAUUGGUUUCCUCAGGUCAUGACUACGUGUUAAAAUUAAAUGGAGAGGGGAGAGCCCGGAGGCCGCGCGAAGGACCCAUUCAGCUGCGAGAACGCGCUUUUCCCAGGUGCCUGGACAAGAAGAGUCUGGAGCGCUCGAGACGGGGAGGCGGAGAGCGCGCGCUAGUAGUAGUACUAGAAGGAGCGGUGCAAACUUCGUUGGGAUGCUAUGCUUAAUCUGUGUCGAGCUGGAAGACGGGCCGGGCUUUUCUCUCGCAAUGACACUUCAUCUGGUUUAAAGCUCGACUGAUAUCCCCAAGGCGCGAGCCAAGUUUGCGGGGGAAGAAGCUUAUGUGAAUCUGUGUUGCUUAUGGUACCGACAGCGAAAACAGUUUUGAGACGUGUUGAGAUUCAAGAUGGCGGCCGGGCGGCCCGUCCCCCUGCCGCGUUCAGCGCUGCUCUUCCCGCCGCCGCCGUUGCUGCUGCUGUUGCCGCUUCUCCUCCUGUGGCUCCCAGCUCCCGUGGCUGCGACUCCCUGUCCGGCGCCCUGCUCCUGUACCCCUCCCUCGGACCCGGACUUGGUGGGACGGUUGGACUGUAGCCGGAGGAGGAUGUCGACGUCGGCGGCCCCACAGGACCCGCCCGGAUGGGUCACAAACGUCAAUAUGAACUACAAUGAAUUGACAACUAUUCCAUUCCUGGGAGACGUCACUGCCAACAUCACUGUUCUUUCCUUGGUUCACAACCGGAUCUCUGAGCUCAUCACGGAACAGCUGCACCCCUACAUCUCCCUGGAAUCCCUGGACCUCAGCUCUAACUCCAUCAGCGAGAUCCGGACUGGCGCUUUUCCUCCAUUGCAGCUGAAAUUCUUGAACCUGAGCAACAAUAAGGUCAGUACGCUGGAACCCGGGUGUUUUGAUAACAUCUCCAGCACCCUGGUUGGCCUGAAGCUUAACAGGAACCGCAUCGUAUUUCUACCCAACAAAGUUUUCAAGCUCCCCCAGCUUCAGUUCCUGGAAUUAAAGCGCAACAAGAUUAAGGUAGUGGACAGCCUGACGUUCAAGGGCCUGGACUCCCUGAGGCUGCUGAAGAUGCAGCGCAAUGGUAUCACCAAGCUUAUGGAUGGAGCCUUCUUUGGACUCAACAACAUGGAGGAACUUGAGCUGGAGCACAACAACCUGACAGAGGUCAACAAGGGAUGGUUGUAUGGGCUGCGGACGUUACGGGUUCUCCGGGUCAGCCAGAACACAAUCUCCUCAGUGCGAACUGAUGCCUGGGAAUUCUGCCAGAAGCUGGAGGAACUGGACUUGUCAUACAACCACCUGACACGGCUGGAGGAGACCGCAUUCUCCGGGCUGGGUUUACUGGAGACCCUAAACCUGGGUGAAAAUUCAAUUAGCCACCUGGGAGAGGGAGUCUUCGGGGGGCUUGUCAACCUACAUACCCUGGAUAUUCGGAAUAAUGAGAUCUCCUGGGCGAUUGAGGAUUCUGUUGGAGUUUUUGUGGGGAUGAAGAAGCUGAACAAUCUGGUGCUACAGCGGAACAAGAUUAAGUCGAUCACCAGAAAGGCCUUUGAUGGGUUGGAGGCACUGGAACACCUUGACUUGAGCAAGAACAGCAUCAUGUCAAUCCACCCUGAGGCUUUUUCCCAUGUGAAGCUGAAAGGAUUGCUUAUGAACACAAGCAGCCUGUUGUGUGAUUGCCAGCUGCAGUGGCUGGCACAGUGGCUGAAGGAACACCAUUUUGAGCAGUCUGUCACUGCAGUGUGUGCACACCCUGCAAGUCUGCUGGGCCACAGCAUCUUGUCGCUGAGCCCUGAGGAGCUUGUUUGCGAUGACUUCCCAAAGCCACAGAUUACAGCACACCCAGAGACCUCAGUGGCCCUGCGAGGUUCCAAUGUGACGCUGAGCUGCCAUGCAUCCAGCAGCAGUGACUCGCCAAUGACCACAGCCUGGCGCAAGGAUGGCGAGGUGCUGUAUGGUGCCCAGGUCGAGAAUCUGGCCCGUUAUCAGGACGGGGAGUUGACCUACACUACAUUGCUCCACCUGCUGAAUGUCAACUUCACAGAUGAGGGCCGCUACCAGUGCGUGGUCACAAAUCAUUUUGGCUCCAACUACUCAAACCGGGCCAAACUGACUGUCAAUGAGUUGCCCUCCUUCUUGAAGACGCCCAUGGACUUGACCAUCCGCACUGGAGCAAUGGCCCGCCUGGAGUGCGCAGCUGAGGGCCACCCUUCACCCCAGAUAGCCUGGCAGAAGGAUGGGGGAACAGAUUUUCCUGCUGCACGUGAACGCCGAAUGCACGUCAUGCCCGAUGACGAUAUUUUCUUCAUCGCCAACGUCAAGACAGAGGACAUGGGUGUAUAUAGCUGUACGGCACAGAACGCAGCUGGUAGCUUAUCGACCAAUGCCACGCUCACUGUGCUUGAAACCCCUUCCUUUGUGCGGCCUCUGGAGGACCGCACGGUGGCGCGAGGAGAAACUGCUGUGCUGCAGUGUAUUGCAGGUGGCAGCCCAGCGCCUCGCCUCAACUGGACGAAGGACGACGGGCCACUGGUGCUGACAGAACGCCACUUCUUUGCUGCUGCCAACCAGCUCCUGAUCAUUGUGGAUGCUGGUCCUGCUGACGCUGGCAAGUACACCUGCAUCAUGUCAAACACGUUGGGCACAGAACGUGGCCAUAUCUACCUGAGCGUCUCCCCAUCGCCCAACUGUGAGACAUCAGGCAGCUAUAACGAAGACGGCUGGACCACAGUGGGCAUCGUCAUCAUUGUUGUGGUGUGCUGUGUGGUGGGCACGUCACUGCUGUGGGUUAUUGUCAUCUACCACAUGCGCAGGAAGAGUGAGGACUACAGCAUUACCAAUACAGAUGAGAUGAACCUGCCACCAGACAUCCCCAGCUACCUGUCAUCUCAGGGUACCUUAUCAGAGCCCCAGGAGGGCUACAGUAACUCUGAAGCAGGCAGCCACCAGCAGCUCAUGCCACCUGUGUCUAAUGGUUACGUCCACAAAGGCACUGAAGGUGUGUGCUAUGGAGACAUGACCAAUGAGGUGGUCUCAGAAGGGAACCGAACAGGUUCUCUGUUUACUGGUCGUGGCAGCUUCCAUCCUGGGGAAUCUCAUGAAGGACUAGUGGGGGCUCCACCAGAAUUCUUCUGUGACACAGGUGGGCCAGGCCCACUGGUCAUCUGCUCAGACUGCUAUGACAAUGCCAACAUCUAUUCCCGGACCCGCGAAUACUGUCCAUACGCCUACUUGGCGGAAGAUGACCCCCUGGAUGGUACCCUGGCUACUGUUGGCGGACACGCCCAGCACGAGGACACGGCUCUCCUGGAGAGCCUCCUCACCUACCAGGAUACAUCCAUAUUCCUUGCUAGCCACGAAAGGCGGCUGAGCACUCAUAGCUCCCAUCAAGUUUACCCCAGUGAUGCUUCAGGGCGACCUUUUUGGCGAGGGGCAAAGGAGACAGCACAGGGGACCCCUGUUGCUGUCAUGUCACCGCUGUCAGUGACUUUCCUUGAGGCUCCUAGGGCCAGAGGGGCCGGCGAUGUGGGGGCUGAAGAAGAGAGUGAUGCAACGGUAGACAUCCACCCGGCUCACCACUCACAGCAGCACAGCAGUGCCUCUUACAGGACUAACCCCCAGGAGCACUUAGCCCCCACCUAGAUGAUCUUCUUCCCCAUCACUGGCCCCCUUCUGUUGCUGUGUACUUUUUAUACCCACUACCUCCAAAGAGAUUUCCACUAUCUGCCAAAAAAAUGCAUUUGUAUAUGUUUACAUUCCAUGAUCACAGCUGAUCUGCAUCACUCAAAUAUUCAUGCUGAAUUGAAAAGCCUGAGUGUAGCCCUUCUAACUACACCCAUCUGCUUUGAGAGGGCAUUCUUGCUGAAUGUGCAUGUGGGCUGACCGUGUCGAACACCAUCAGCAGUACCGUAUCAGCCCCUCAAAGCCAUAGGUGGGCCUGAGCCUCUGAACUGAGCGGAGGCACACUAACGAUGGCAGUGUGACAAUGACAUUUCUGCUGUCCUGUCCAUCCCUGCUGAGGAAUACCUUUCGCUCAGCCUAGUCAUAGACCCAAGAGAAGGAAGAGGGUCUCUUGUAACUUCUCUCCAGCUUUGUGCUUCACCUUCCACAGUACACAUCACUUAAGACCGGAAGCUGAAGGAGCUCAAACUAUUGCCGCCAUGCCUGUUUGUACAUACAUCAUAUUGUUUACUUUGUGCCUCUUUUUGUCACCGGUAAAUGUUAAACCUUAUGUACUGUGUGUGUGUAUAUAUGUAAUUUUGGUUGUCUCAUACCACAUUGAAUUUUUUCCCCCCCUUUUUUAAACUGAGAACUUGCUGUCCAACUAAAAUGGUAUAUUACACAUAUGACAGUUGUACAUCCUCUGGCCAUUCAAAGUCGGGUGACUUAAGAUAAAGGUGGACGUGUCAGUAUCUUAUAGUGUGUGUGUGUGUGUGUGUGUGUGUGUGUGUGUGUGUGUGUGUGUGUGUGUGUGUGUGUCGGGGGGGGUUUGGUAUGCUUGACUGAUUAUGUGCCUGUGUACGUGUGUGUGUGCAUGCGCACAGCAAGCAUAAGAUGCUGGUUUGUGCACAGAGGACUAGUUUCUGCCUUCUAGUUUCACAUUUAUGAGCUUUUUCAAACAAUUCCAGUGUUCUUUUGUCCAGUUCUCAGCAAGCCGCUCUCACGCCACUUGCUUCACCGUGCAUUUAUGCAGUUUGCAUGCCAUGUCGCAAACUCAUUGAGGUGUUGAGCACUGCUGUGACAGCUUCCAUUGGCUGCUUAAGAAUAAGGUACCCUUCACAAGAAAUGUCGCUACUUAAUGUACAAGUAAGGCAGGCUUACUUGUAUUUGAUUUUUAUUAAAUUUCCAGCAUACUUUCCUUUGGGCACCUAUUACUAGUUCAGCUAGUACUGCCGAAACACAGGUUAUACUUGGGUCACUAGUACAAAUAAAUCUGACACCUGUUGAAAUUUUAUUUUUAAACCCCUGGUGAUGAAAAGUAAAACUUGCCCCAUUAACACCUUUCAUUGUUUUUCUUCCAUUACAGGUACUAUGUGCACUUCUGAUUAAUUUAAAGUUAUUUUUAGGCAGGUACAAGGUUCUUUUUGUUUGAGGUACUGGUCCAGCUCUCAUUUAUUACUAUAGAUGGUAACGGCUUUUUGAUCCAGCUGUUCUGGAACUCCUUUUGGUCCAUCAGCCUUUUUUCCUAUUGUGCACAGAUGGCCUUUUAAGUUCAUCACCGUAAGAAAAUGCAGCUUUUAGUCAGUUGAGAAUAUGACUAUAUACUCUCUCGACUUUGUGACAAAAAACAAACCUGUUUAUUACACAGAUGUUCACUGCGUUGCCAUUAAAUAGACGCAGUAUAUAACUUAUCAUCUUACAAGGGAUUUGUGCUUAAAUACAUCCCACUAAGGCUACCCUUCUGGGACCAAACUCCCUGUGUGUGGCUUUCUAUAUCGGACCAAAUUCUGUUUUAGUCCAGUGGUGGUUUUUUUUUUUUUUUACGUAUUUAAAUAAUGGGAUUUUUUU